UUCUGUCUCCCUCACAACACACUCCUCCAGCUAUCGCAGAGCGACCUCGAGCGGUUAACAGAGUUUCUUUUCUCAUUAGCCAGAGCUGCUGCAAGUGUGUGAACAUACGCUCCUCGAAGCCACACGCCCCAGCUUAGCUAGCCUUCCUACCGCCAGAAGUGAUCGUCCCCGCCGGUGGCGAAGUACGACGAGGAUGUCCAGCCGAAGGUCGUCGCGUGGCAACAUCUCCGAGGAUGAGAUCAACGAGCUCAUCUCCAAGCUCCAGUCCCUGCUCCCGGCCAGCUCUCGCCGACGCGGCUCCGGCCAGGCGUCGACGACGAAGUUGCUGAAGGAGACAUGCAGCUACAUCAAAAGCCUCCAUCGGGAGGUGGACGACCUCAGCGACCGGCUGUCGGACCUCAUGUCCACCAUGGACCAUAACAGCCCCGGCGCGGAGAUCAUCCGCAGCAUCCUCCGCUCCUGAUCGAUCACCUACAUACGAGCGUAUUGCCGCGCCGGCACGCCGUGGUGGUCAACGUCGACGACGACCGCGCCAUUCCCCGGCCACGUACGGGGGAGCUCCAUUAGCUAGGGUAUAUAUAUCUACCUACAUAUAUGUGUAUCUUUCUCUUUCUUUUACCUCUCCCUAGAUCUGAGACCAUCUGGCUGCUAGCUAGCUACACGCACGCGUAUGAUCUCUGCUAAGCUUCACUGUGUAGAGCAUUAGCGCUAGGGCCUAAGCAAGCUUAUCCGCACUUUAGCUCGCAUUUCUCGCCUCUUCAACUCCUGUUCCUUCGUGUACGUCUCUGUCCUCAUUCCGUUUCUUCUUUUGAUGUUCCCUUGUUCUCCGAUCUCUGUAAAUUUAGUCUGUGUGGCUCGGAUCGAGUUGUGUUCUCUACAGACAACCGACCGACCACUACUACCUAGAGGGAAUUAAGUAUCAUCACCAUGGUGUACUGCUCCAGCUUUUAACAACUUUAAUUACUAGCUUGCUGCGUACGUGC